GAGGGUGUCUGAGGGACUCGGCUGACUUAGGCACAGGGAGCACGGCAGGUUACAAGAUGAAGUGAAGUGGUGAUGCUUCACCUUGCCCUUGUAACUACAGUCAGUAGAUUGUAGUUAACACAGUGCUUUUUUUUUUACAAGUAAAGUUUUCAAGACUUAGUGACUUUUUUUUUUAUAAAUUUGUGAAUAAAGUGAGGUGGUGUUAAAAACUGGAACAAGUAACAUAAAAAAUUAGUGCUUUUUUGACCCAUUUCCUUAGAAAUAAGUGCUUAUUGUACCUGAUUUACAUAAACCAGACAUAACCGAGGUGUGCAACUACAGCACACUACCAUAUUAAAGGCCGUAGUUUAGAAAAGUACACGAGUAUGGCCGAGUUAACCCCCGAACAAAAACAGCUCCGUGACCAAGUGACGGACUGCAUAAAGUCGGUUCUCACUGCUUUAGGUGGAGAAACACACAUGGAUAAACUUGCAGUGGAAUACAAGAAAGUAGUGGGAAUGGAAAUUCCCCACAGGCAACUAAAUCACGGAACACUUGCCAGUUUCCUGCAAUCUGUUAAUGAUGUUAUGAAGGUAAUAAAUCGAGGAGGUGAGCUGUAUGUGAAGAUGCUGAGAGAUGACCGUAUGCUAAACCUCCAAACAAUGAUUAGAGAGCAAAAAAGAGAAAAGAGAGGACAUGCAAAUCAUAAGCCAGCACGGCAACCAAGAGUUCCUUCUGCAUGGACACCAGCACCACCUCGGUCAAAUGCAUAUAGAGUUAGCUCGGGACAACGACUUUCAAGGCAUGGCAAAGGACGUAAUGAUGUGGCCCCUAAACCAAAAGCAAGUGUUUUCAGUAGACUAGAAUUUCCUGCUGCAAACAAAACUGUUGCUCCACCUGUUAAUAAUAAAGCUGUCAAAGAAAUUCCUGCUUCAAAAUUUUCUAAUGUUCCUCCACAACCAGAAGCAACUGAAGAUGAACAAAAGGGAAAGUAUUAUGAUGAUGGAAACUGGAUAAGGCCGUGUGCUGGCCGUGGUAACCAAGAGAAACGGUUUGCUCCACACUAUGAGGUACCACCACGAUUCAACAAUAAUUGCAAGACUGCAGAUGGUAAACCUAGUGAAAAGUCGUUUAAGAAACGAUUGGAGGAGGAAGUGCUAAAAUUAAAUCAAAAUGAUGUUCCUAUCUUCUGCACGGUUCCAAUGGGUCGAAAGCCUUCCUGGUUGUCAACUCUGACGAUUGGCAAGUUAAAACUAAGCAGCUACCCAAAUGAGUUUGAGAAACGUGAGCAGGCCGAAGAAUAUAUGGCGAAGAUUGCAUUACCACAAAUUCAGAAGCUAGUUAGACAAAAGCUUCCUGUUACUACAGAUCUGGCAUUGUCUAUGUCAAGGAUCAAGUCGCUACUGAGGAAAGAAAACAUGUGGUGGGAUCAUGUACAAACUCUCUAUCAAGACAAACACCAGGAGGCCUUACCUGAUGAUUGGCUUGAAAAGAUUCAGGCUGAGAGACAUAGUGGCAUUCUUAUUGACAUCCUCUGCAAAGGCCGGUAUGCACUCAGGCUGAAGGAACAGGAAAAGCAGUCUUCGUCAUUCAAACCACCUGCAAGCUGUGCAAAACAAGAAACGGCGGAAGGCCAUCGGAGUCAACAUGAUCCACAUCUGAAUCGUACUUCUUCAGACCCCUCAGUUGCAGAAAAGGGAAAACCUACAAAUGCUCCCAAACAGAAGGCCAAGCUACAACUUCCACCAUUGGAAAUACCACACAGAGAGUAUUUGGACAUCUUUGUAACACAUGUUGAAGGCUUUAACUGUGUGUAUUUUCGUCUUAUAGGGGAUGAGUUCAGUGGUGCUUUUGAUGAAUUGACGACAAACAUGGAGCUGUAUUAUAUGGAUGCCAAGAAUCUUUCACCUGCGAAGGACCUCUGUACAGGUGGAAUCUAUGCAGCCAGUUUUGAAAAGUCAUGGUUUAGAGUGGAAAUACUAAAUAUUAAUGAUAAUAAAGUUAAGGUGAAAUUUGUGGAUCAUGGAGAUGAGGAAAUAAUAGAUCUUACCGAGCUACAUGAUCUUCAUCAGCAGUUCUUUUAUCUUCCAGCUCAGCUCCUACGAUGUUCUAUGGCACAUUUAGAAAAUGCAAGGAGGGAUCCCAGUGCACUUGCCCUUCUUCAGGAUCUGGCACUUGGACAGACACUGGUUGGUAAAGUGACUUCCUGGCAAGAGCCCAUUUCACUCAUUCUUUUCAACACAAUAACAGAUGAAGAUAUUAAUAUCAACAAGAAGAUUUCUGAACUCCUGAAGCUAAAUUAUGUGGAGCCAAAACUUCCAGGGACUGGAGGUAUAGCGGAAGUGUACCUGAUGCACGUCUCUCUUACUGGUGAUCUGUUUGUUCAGAUCGAGUCUGAAACUUACAAAGAUCUUGAGAACAUUCUAGAAGUUGCCAGAAAGGAGACGCACGGGGAGGCGAUGGAGAUCGACCUUACUCGUUUGUAUCUGGCGCGCUUCAACGAAGAUGGGGAGUGGUACCGUGCAGUUCCCAGGAGUAACAUUGAUCCUGAUGGCAAGGUUCAGAUGUGGUUUGUGGACUUUGGUAACACAGAUCGUCUGCAGCUCAGCAAGAUUAAGGAGCUGGACAAUGAGUAUGAUGAGCUAUUAAAUAUCCCAUACCAGGCUUUGCAGUGUCGCCUACACAAUGUUCCACCAAACCCAGGACUUCAUUGGACGCCUCGAACCUGCCAGCGCCUUCAAGAAUUAUUGGCAGAAAACACUCCUCUACUCCUCAAGGUGCAAGGUGAUGGAACAAGUGGUGACCCACCCUCAGUUGAGCUGUUCAAGAGGAUUCAACCUCAGAAUGAGCUUGUCUCUAUCAAUGCUACUUUAAGUAUGGACUCUAGUCUCUUUAGUAGUGAAGGUGACAGGAACAACAAUAGUGUUGAAAAGGAAGUCUUCUCCAGUUCAAGGACCUCCUGCCGUCGGUCUUCCGUCACCAGUCAGUCGUCCAGUAGUUAUGGUACCUCCGGCCCGUCUUCCAUAGGUAGCCAGCAUGAUUCUUUGCCAGAAUCUCCUCGUCUCUCAAGAAGCUCAAGACUAGAGAAUCUAGUCCCCCAAGAAAUUCCAGCUGUGGGACAGUUCUUUGAUGUCUUUGUCACAUUUGCUGCUAGUCCUUCUAACUUUGCUGUUCAGUCAUGGAAAAUGACUAAGUCACUCUCAACCUUAACAUCCGAACUUCAAGCAUACUAUAAUAAUCCCAUCCAUUGUGACGACUUGGUGGAUAUUGAGGUUGGAGAAUAUUAUGCUGUAAAGCACACUGAUGAUACAUGGUAUAGAGCACACAUAACUACGGCUCAAGAAGGAAUAGUUGCAGGCCUAUUUGUUGAUUUUGGAGAUUGCUUUGUUUUAUCGCAGGAUAAAGUGCAGUUACUUCCAUCUAAGUUUCGUCGCCUUCCUUGCCAAGCCAUCAAGGCAAAAUUACACGGCAUAGUUGCUGCCAAUGUGGACUGGAGUCCUGAAGACACUCGUCGUUUCCAGGACUUGGUAGAAUAUCGUGCGUUUGUGUCAGUAUUGAAGGAUAUAGAAAAGGAAAAUGAUGAAUCUAUGGUACUUUCCUUAAAUCUCAUUGAUACUUCAGAUAAAAACCUGGAUGUCUACAUCCAUCAAAUCCUUUUAGAUGAAAGACGAGCUGUGAAAAAGGAGGAACUUUAAGAUAAUUUAGAAUGUUUGUCUCGUGGAAGAGGUGGUCUAUGUAAACCUGCAAGGCCAGUCUUCUGUGCCUAUAGUAUACAGUAUAUUUAUAUGAAAGGAAUGGUGCUUGCAAGUUCAUUUAUGCUAUCAUCAUGAUGUGAUAAUGUUGACGACACUGAAGUGAUUACUCCGAAAGCUUUAUUCAGUAACUUAAGUAUAUAGUGAAUUAAGGAAUCUGAUAUAUUUUUUUAUAGAUCAUUUACUACGUCAUAUUUAGUUAUGAUAUAUACGAUAUAUAUUCCAGUUGCUGUAUAACAACUGUCAUCAUUUUCUGCCAUUAUCUUUUAAGCCAAUGUUGUUUGGUAAAAGUAUAAAAGGAGCGGCACCAACAUUGUUGAAGUAAGAGUCAUGCCUUAGUUACAUUAGUGCCUAUUAAGGGAAUCUCUAGUGUCUAUAAUAAGUGGAGGAAAUAUAUAUUUACUCUGGUGUUGUUAUCCCCUAUUUAGCCAAUGUUGUCUACAUAAUACAAACACAUCUUUCUCAAAGGAAUAGUUAAAUUUUGAUGGGAUAGCUGUUGAUUUAAAGUCAAACUUUUUCCCCAGGAGGAAAUAUAAUUUAGCAUAAUAUUUGUAAUUUGUAGUAAAAUGAUGAGCCAUGGUUCAACUCUCAUUAGAGCUGUACUCUAUGAAAUGUGUGUUGCAUUUGACAUGGGCAUUGUGUAUACCCAAGACUAGCUCCUUAACUAGGAGCUCCCAAUUCAGUCGUUUGGAGGAUACCCAUUUGCUUUUGUCAUACAGAAAACUGUGUAGACCUAUUGUCAUGUAUAUUGGUGAGCUUGAUAUGUUAUCUGGCCAGAUGACACUAAAACAAAAACAAAAAAUAACAGUAGCAAAGUUAAAAAACUACAUAAAAAUCGUAAAAACAGUCCUAAAAAAAGUAUAAAAGAAAAUUUACAUUACCUAUGCAUCUACUUAAAUUCUAUUUAACCAUUUAGAGAAGCAUGUUUGACUAGUCUGGUCUAGUCAUUUCCGACCAAAUAACUAAUCCAAAAUAACAGUCUAAUAAUACAGUAUUUUCUUCAUAUGGACUACCUUGUUACCCAGUAGGUAGGCAUUGUGAGUCUGAAAUGAUAUUAAUAUGUUGUUUAAUGGGUUAAUAUAAAGUAUUACAAAUGUCAUUUUGUUAUCUAAAGCUUCCAAAAGAGCAUACGUUUAAGGUAUGCCGACUUCUUUUUUUUUUUUUCGCAUCUUGCCUUACAGCCAUUGAAGCCUUUGAUAUAUUUUUAGUUCUCAGGUUUUAUUAACUUUGCUUUAAAAAACAUUUUUUGACUUCCCUUAUUUAAGGAAGCCGAGAAAUGGAUAUCAAUGAAAUUACCUCAGUACUAAUUCAUUUUAUAUCACUGCAUGAGUGAUGAGGUGGUUGGAAAAUAUUUUUUUUCUCCAGUUUUCUGGGAUUCAGUUAAAAAAUAUGAAAUAUUGUACUCUGAAUAAAUAUGAGGAAUGA